CCUUUACACUCCUUUAAGCCUUUUUACACUUCAACAAAAAAAUUACAAAGCACGAGGGUCUCGUUUAGCAACUUGUAAAGGACACAACAGCAUCACUUACAUAACAUGCACUUCCCCUUCUCCACCGCAUUCUGUGUUCUCUAGUCAAUAGAAAGUGAGCACUGAAUUUGCUUUGUGCCGUUCCUGUUUUCUUAUAAUUUGUGCAUUUUUUUGCACAUAAACAAAACCCAUGGGAAGGGCUCCUUGUUGUGAGAAAGUGGGAUUGAAGAAGGGGAGGUGGACAGCAGAGGAGGAUGAGAUCUUGGCAAAAUACAUUCAGGCCAAUGGGGAAGGUUCUUGGAGGUCAUUGCCUAAAAAUGCAGGAUUAUUAAGGUGUGGGAAGAGUUGCAGGCUGAGAUGGAUUAACUAUUUGAGAGCUGACCUUAAAAGAGGAAACAUUUCUGCUGAAGAGGAAAAUACCAUUGUUAAGUUGCACGCUUCUUUUGGUAACAGGUGGUCUUUGAUAGCAAAUCACUUACCAGGAAGAACAGACAACGAGAUAAAAAACUACUGGAAUUCUCACCUCAGCAGGAAAAUUUACAGUUUCCCAGGUGCAGGUGCAGGUGCAAGUGCAGGGAUCAUGGAUACACCUAAGGUAGUAUAUAUUCCUCCCAAGCGCAAAUGUGGUAGAACAAGUCGUUGGGCCAUGAAGAAAAACAAAACAUACACCCAAAAAGUCAAUGAUAGGAUUAACCAGAGACACACACAAAUUGGUUUCCCUCAACAGAACAGUGACACCGCAGUUCCGACGCCACCAACUCCGUCUCUAGAGAGUGAGGGUUUGUCAAACGCCGUUAAUGACUUCAAGGUCCUGGACGGUGACGUGGCAGAGUUUGAUGAGCCGAGAACGGAGGAGCUGGAGGCGGAGGUAAAUAAACGUGACAAUAGCGUUGGAGGCGUGGAAGAAAGUAGUAAUACCGAUGAAGACAUCUUGGGACUGUGUGAACUAGAGGGCAUUAAUGAGGACAGUGGGAUGUUGUUGGGUUUUAGUGACAUUUUGGAAAGUUGCCUUGCGGAAACAACAUGUGGGGUUUGGGACAUAAGUGAAGAGAGAGAAAGCAAUGACGUGGUGGCGGCUGAUGCUUGUCGCGACAAAAUAGCAUCGAGUGAGGAAGGGUCAUGCUCUUCCAUGAAUCAAGACUGGGACUGGGAGAGCGUGUUAGAGUUUAGUAACGCUGUUGAUAAUUGGGAGGACCAAGACAAAUUGCUCACUUGGCUGUGGGAGGACGAUGACUGCAAGAGAUUGGGAGAGACAGAUACUCAGAUACUACAAAACGACAUGGUUAUUGAUUGGUUUCUCUCUUGAUUCAUCCAAGAAUAAAAUAGGCUUAGUGUGUGUGCCCCCUUGGUCAUGUUUCUUUAAUCUGUUCUUCUUGGAUUGAUUAGGGAAUGUGUAAACUUAAUAAAUACUUUUUUUAGUUACUUAUAUAAUCAUCCUUAAGACACA